GGGAGGGAGGGAGGCCUGUGGAGGCGGAGCCUGGCGAGGGAGGGGCGCGUGGCGCGGCGGGGGGGCCCCCAUGGCGAAGAAAACCUACGACCUGCUCUUCAAGCUGCUGCUGAUCGGCGACUCGGGCGUGGGCAAGACCUGCGUGCUCUUCCGCUUCUCCGACGACGCCUUCAACACCACCUUCAUCUCCACCAUCGGGAUAGAUUUCAAGAUCAAAACAGUUGAAUUGCAAGGAAAGAAGAUCAAACUGCAGAUAUGGGACACAGCAGGGCAGGAACGGUUUCACACCAUCACCACCUCCUACUACCGAGGUGCCAUGGGAAUCAUGCUAGUGUAUGACAUCACCAAUGCCAAAAGCUUUGAAAACAUCAGCAAAUGGCUCAGAAACAUAGAUGAGCAUGCCAACGAAGAUGUGGAGAGGAUGCUGCUAGGUAACAAGUGUGACAUGGAUGACAAGAGGGUGGUGCCCAAAGCAAAAGGCGAACAGAUUGCAAGGGAGCACGGUAUUAGGUUUUUUGAAACUAGCGCAAAAGCAAAUAUUAACAUUGAGAAGGCAUUCCUCACGUUAGCAGAAGACAUUCUUCGAAAGACCCCUGUAAAAGAGCCCAACAGUGAAAAUGUAGAUAUCAGCAGUGGAGGUGGUGUGACGGGAUGGAAGAGCAAGUGCUGCUGAACGUGCUCCCCUCCUCGCCAAGCGCCAUCUUCCUCCUCCUCCUCUUGCUGUGGAAUAAACCACUUUGCCCAUUUUUAACCUUAAAAAAAAAUACUUUUUUUUUUGUUCCUCAUCUUAACAUGGCUCCACUCUUUCUUUGUUCUUCUGUUUCGGGAGAACUCGCUGACGAUAAUUUUCUGGAAACUGUAUUAAAAUCAUGUCUGACUCUUUUCUUUUAAUGUACCAGCUCAACUCGGCGUCACAUCCUGGUUGUAUUAUAGCCCAGUCUUAACAUUAAAACUUAGAGCAAAUCAUUUCAGCUCCAGUCUGCAAAUUGUACAAGAAUAAAACUUAGCAUUAACAGUUUAUUUUGUACAGCAGUGGGGUUUUGUUGAUGAAUACUGUGCUUAAGUCACCAUAUUUGCAUCGGCAAAAA